GGUUGUCAUGCCGUAUCGUAUUGACUAGACAUUUUUAGUUUUUCCACAGAGUUGUUUCAAACAACAGCAAAAAUAAAAUAAUUCAGAGAGUAAAGUCGGCAUUAAAGAUAAUAAGAUAAGUCUCUUUGGACCAUCAUGGGAUCAUUAUGGCCCUCUCCUGAAAUCGAAAAUCAGUUUGAUCAGCAGAUGGUUUUUGCAGCCAAUAGUGAGCUGGAAAAUAUGAUAGAAGAUGGAGAAUCAUUGGCUGUACCAGGUCUCGAGCCGAGCACUGAGUUGGGAUAUCUCAUUGCCACGUUGUAUGAGCCCCCCUUGAGGAUUAUCUAUUCAAUGGAUGGAACUAUGGAGAAGUUCUACAUUUUCGAUACGGAUUUCAUUGCUGAAGCACUAACGCAUCAGUGCUCUUUUGUUAUGCAGCCACCCCGGCCAGUUUCCAUGGAAGUUCGUACAUUCCUUUCCAAUACCCUGAAAAUGGCCGUCAGUCAUGCUCCAUCGAUUGUGGAGCUUAUCCCAUGCCCGGCAAAGGGUCGGCUGAUAGUCCUGUCCCUGAUAGAUCGCGUCACCGGGGUCUUGGUCGGGUGUGGGAUUGGCCAACUGCAGCCCCAACCUGCCGUAGAUGAAAAUGGAGACUACAAGGGCUUGGAGUGGUACCCGGAAGUUCGAGGCUUUGCCAUCAACACUCAAUGCCGCGAGCUGAUCAGCGAGUACCUUGCAAGCAAUAUUGACUCUGAAUCCUGGAAUUGAUGAAUUUCUGCUAUAUAAUGUAUUAAUAAUGUAGUAAUUUAAUUAUUUUAUUGUAUGUAAUGCAAUAAAUUUGUCAGUUAAAGUUGUCAC